CGCCUCCAAACCCAGCCUGUCCUCUGACCCCUCUAAGCAACCACAGAGAUCCCCAUCCCCCUGGCUUGCCAGACAAUCGAUCUGCAAAUGCCUUCUAAUGACAGACCGGACAACCGGGGCUCUGACUUCUCGUGGCCUGGCUUCUGGGCACCUUUCCUCUUGCCCUUCUUUCCAAUCGGGACGUCGGCCGCAUUGAGCAACAGCCAUGAUGUUUGAGGCGUCCUGAUCUCGAAGUGGAAGGUUCUGUCGGGCCGGACGGUGACUCGGACGGGCAAUGGCGUUCCGACGUUGAUGUGUGUCGUCCUCGCAUUAAACUCCUACAUAUCCCCCUUAUGUCAACAUUUUGAUGCCGAGCUCCCCCUUCCUCCUCCCUCUUGAUUUUGACCGACCUUGCAGAAAUCCAUCGACUUGAUACCCUUGGAACCGAGGGCAGGACCGACGGGAGGACUAGGACUGGCUUGGCCGGCGCCGACAAUGAUCUUGACGACCUGCUCGAGGCCCUUGGCACCACCUGCCGCUGCCUUGGACAUUGUGGGGCUCGGUAUCGACGGUUGUUCGGGAGGGAAAUAAUCGGUGACUCGGUCUGAGGGUGCAAUGGCGUCGCGAAAAGGUGUGGGUUGACAGCUCCGGAGCUGGGGUGGUGAGGUUCUCGCGAGCGGCGCCGAGCUGCUCCAGACCAAAAAUUUCGGGUGGGCGGUUGCACCGCUUCAGCCACAGCCGAUGUGCCCGUUCUUGGAACUUCCAGGAGCGGUUUCAGCCACAAGUCAGACUUCUGGAUGCGCGGCGUAGUGGGGCUUUUUCAGAGAACCCCUGUUUUAAAGGGACCCGUGCGUUGGGGCGGAGGAGCAGUGACGUCCAGUGGAUGAUAGCGUGCCACCGAAUACAGCGGAUAGGAGAUUAGCCCCUCCUCUUUCCAUCUUUUAUUCGAGGAUCUCUUUUGACGGCGGUGAACGGCUUCAGACCUUGCUUUUUUCACUUUCUCUCCAUUUCGACCCAAAGCACGGUUCUGACGAUUAUUGUCGCAACGGCAUCUUUUCACCCGUUCCUUCGCAAACAAACCGCAAACAUGUUCAAGUGGGCGCAGCAGCAGCUCGCCAACGUAGCCGGCACUAAGGAGCCCAUCUAUGGCCCUGAGGCAAUCCAGUCCGUUGCCGUCGAGGCCGAGACCACCCCCUAUACCGAGCUCACCCGCGAUGACCUGAAAUGGCAGGCCAUGACCUCGACCAGCGUCGAGACCCAGAGCUUCUACCUCAUGGCUGACAACGGUCAGCUCGGGUUUGCCCAAGUCAUAUAUAGUAACGUGGCGGGCAUCCACACGACCUGCCAGUUCAACUGCAAGCUCUUUAGCCUCGAUUCCUCGAAGCCCCACCUCUGGUGCUCGACCCAGCUCACCAACCCCGACUUCAGCGAGGACAAGAGUAGCUUCUUCGCCGACGACUGCGCCGUCGAGCUCUCCGAGGACGGAACCACCUACACAAUCAAGUCGAUGAAUGAUGACCGGGCCAUCGUCAACUUGACCAUCAAGCGGGCCGGUCCCGGCUUCCAGGUCGGCAAGACGGGCAAGACGCUGUUUGGCACCGAUCUCAAGAACCCAUGGGGCACCAUGCGCCAUGCUUUCUGGCCACGCUGCACAGCCGAGGGCACCAUCAGCACCAAGGAGGGACCGGUCGAUUUCAAGGGCAAGGCCACGUACAUCAUGGCUCUCCAGGGCAUGAAGCCUCACCACGCGGCAGCCAAGUGGAACUUUGUCGACUUCCAGGGUCCCACUUACACGGCUGUGGUGAUGAAUUUUACCACUCCUCCUUCCUACGGCUCGACCGAGGUGACGAUUGGUGGCAUUGUCAAGGAUGGGGAGAUCGUCAUGGCCAACUGCAAGAGCACAGUUACUCACACCAAGUCGAAGAGCGACGGGGAGAACGGGUGGCCCGAGCCCGAGACCAUCAAGUACACUUGGACGGGAACGACCAAGGAUGGCAAGCCGGUCGAGGCUUCGUUGGAGGGUGCUUUGGAGAAGAGGCUCGACAGGAUAGACGUCAUGGCCGAGGUGCCUGGAUUUGUCAAGCAAAUUGUUUCGAGCGCUGCCGGAACAAAGCCUUAUAUCUACCAGUACUACCCCCAACAACAAAAACUCACUCUCAAGAUCAAGGUCGACGGCCAAGAAGUCAGCGAGCAGGGCACCGUCUUUGCCGAGUCCACCUUUAUUUCCGAGUGA